CUCCUGGGAUGAGGAGCAGUGGCAGAAGAGGGAAGGGCAUUAGGAACCACUAAAGCUGCCCCUGAAGCGCCAGCUGUCCAAGGGGACCCUGGAAGAAAAGGAAGGAGGUGUGGAUGGAAGUAUCCGCCUUCUUGAGUGCUGUCCACUAUCCGUGGGAGCAGCCCUGUCAUGGCCGGCUGCAGGCUAGGCCUUCUGCUACUGCUGCUGCUGACUGCCCACCCUGGACACUCGAAGGCUCAGCACUGGUCCCAGGGCUGGUACCCCAGAGGAAAGCGGGCUUCCAGCUCACCCCAGCACCCACAGCAUGUCCCAAGGCUCCCAGCAAGCAGACCAGACAAGGCUGCCCAUAACCUCCCAAACGAUGCCCUGGCUCCCCAGAACAGUGUGCCCUGGGAGGCCAGAACCACAGGCUGGUGGUCCCUCCACAGGAAGCAGCGCCUGGUGCAGACACUGCUGGUAAAGGGAAGAGAUGAGGAAUGUGAACUCACACUAAUAGAAGGGGCCCCAGAACCAGGUGGUCACUGCACUAGCAAUGACUUAGUGAUUGCAGAAGACCGAGUGCAGAGAUGGAUUACUACUAUUUUGCAAAUUUAUUUUAAAGUGCACCAGGAGGGCGCUAACUGA